AAGUGAGAUCACGUGACGUGUUUGCCAUUUUUUACUCCGUGCGGCUGUUUAGUGACUGUCAGUUCCCACCUGAACAGUAAAUGAGUAUAUUUGAUUUGUUUCGGGGAUUUUUUUGGGUUCCAGGAGGCCAGAGGGAGCCCUUCUUCGAUGGUUUGACCCAUGAAGACGACGAUGACGAUGAAGAGGAGGGCGGAUUCGAUCGCGAAUACUUGGACAGAUUUGACGACGCCUUCAGAUUCAGCUUCAGUCUUGGCCCAAAUGGGAUGCGUAUCGAGGAGCCACAGACGUUUGGUCAAAUAUUCCGGGAAAUGGAAGAAAUAUUUGCUGGUUUAGGCAAUUUUCGGCAUGAUAUGCCCAGUAUUGAGGCUCCACCUCAGGAAAGGAGAGAGGAAAGAAGUAGGGACUCGCUCAGAGACUACAUGCUGAAAAAGCCGGACGAUUCUACCCGUGACGCAUCUAGAGACAUAGAGCCUUCAUCACCUAGAGACCCAAAUGUCCCCUGGAGACCUUUCCAUCACUGGACACCGUUCUCAAGGGACAUUUGGAGCGAUGGACCAAGACAAAGGCAGGGAGAAUCGAAAGAGGACAGUGAUCUUGAUUCUCAGGUGUCUUCAGAGGGACUUGACCAAAUCUUAAGCCGAGCUCCACCUCAGCCCAAAACUCGAUCCUUCUUUCAGUCUGUUACAGUUACCAAAGUGGUUAAACCUGAUGGAACGGUAGAAGAGAGACGUACAGUAAGGGAUGGCCAGGGUAAUGAAGAGACUACAGUGACCCGCUCAGGAGGCCCUGGUUCUCUAGAAGGUCGGCGUGAUGAUCCAGCUUCUCCUUCAGCAGGUGGCCAUGGGCCUUUCUCUGAAUUGCACGAUGAGACCUCCAUGUUCUCCAAGUUCUUUGGAAGAUUCAGAAGUUGAGCGGAGAGAGGACACGAGGACGCGAGUGCAUCUGAGUAUCAGACACACAAAUACAGACAGUGACAAAUGCAAACUGCUUCAGCACCAUCUUUAUUUUCUUUCAUUCUUUUUUUUUUUUCUUUAAAACUGCCGACUGCUAUUUAUCUGUUAAAUUGUAAUGUGUAUAAGCAAAUUGUUCAGAAUAGAAAUAAAGAAUAGAAUCUGC